GAAUUCUUUUUCAACACUUCCAAAAUGGCGACAGCCAUGCUGCUGAAGUGUCAUGCUGCACUGCAAAGGUUUGAAACUCAGCUCAUAAGAACAGUCCAGACAGUACUUUGGCGAGGGCCACCACCUGCCUUUGCCAUGGCAGGCAUGGAAACAACACAAGAAAGGAAUGAUGGGUCCUCAGGUCUUGACUGGGAUGGUCUUUGUUGGGCAGCAGUUCCCAAAAAGAGGAGGUCCAUUGAGCGUAGGAUGACAAGAAGAAUGCAAAUACCCAAACACUAUGAAAAUGCCCUGCCUAAAAAGCAUAUUGUGCCAUGCCUCACCUGUGGUCACUGGCAUGAAAGAAGCACUAUUUGUGGCAAUUGCUAUGAAAGAGUCAAGAAAGAGACUGCAGCAAUUCGUGAUGCCAUGCCCGAGGAGUGGAACUAUAAGGCUCCAAGAGGAGAAAUAGCGCUCAUUUAUGAUGGGGAGGAAGACCAGAGACCUAUGUAUGAAGGGAAAUAUGUAGUAGAAGUUAAAAAGGAGAGACCCUUGUGGUUUUCUAAAAACUUACUUAUAAAAGCUAGAAGCUGAUGAAAAGGGAAUGAGAGAUCUUUGAACUUUUCUAUAAAGGAGACACAGAGGAAGAUGGAGGACAUAGAGGAAGACCUAACUCGGAGUCCUUUAUACAAAGAAUAUAAAUAUAUAUGUAUGUAGCAGAAGUUGAGGAGAUCUUGGACUAUGAUUUUCCAAAAACUCAUUUUGAAUGUAAAAAGCAGAUGUAGAGCAAAAGUGAGUGACAAUACUCUUGCUUUUCUGUAAACAAUAUUGUUACAGUAGGAAUAUGAAACUAAUAAAAAGAUGCAUGUUGAACAUUUUAAACUACAAGUGCAUUCAUGUAGUAACAAGACAAUUAAAGGGGGGGGGGGUGGCAGGUUUAGCAAUUAAAGAAAAGUCGAAUAAUGUACUUCUGCUCAACAGUUGUUAACCCUGUGUGACGGGGCACUGUAGAGUUUACAUGUUCACUGUACCUUCUUUCUAUCCAUGGGUAAGCUUUAUUCUGAUGUGGUUUAUGUAAGAAAUCAAGAUUAAGCUGGCAAUGCCGAAAUCUGGGACCUAGGGUACAGUUGUAUUACAGAGCUGAGCAGGCUUUUUAAAAUAGAUUUAAAAUGUGUUUUGUUUGUGAUAUAUAAGACUCAUCCUAUCAGAAUUUUAUUUGUAAAUGCAAAAUUAGAUGAGGGAUUCUCCAAUAAAGCAAAUUAUCCAAACAACUGUAAA